AGUGAGGAAGCAACAAUGCACACUUCUAUAUCUGCCCCAGAUAUGUUAAUCCCAGAUUCAUCAACAGAUUCAACGGGUAUAACAGCAGAUCUUAGCAAUAAAGUAAAGGUUGAGCUGACUGAAAAUACUAUUGCCAAAGGUUUGGGCUCGAUAACUCAAAAACAGACAGCUGGCCACUCUGAUGAGAUGAAAAUAUGCGCACAUGAUCUGAAAGUUAAUGGAUGUGAAAUGCAAGGAUGUAAUACAACUACUAUCGGAAAAAGUAAUAUGUCAAAUUCAUUUUUGAAUCCUGAACACAAAGGAAAUAUUCAGAAAGCAGAUAAGGGAGAUGAGAAGAGAAAAGACUCUUUGCCCGUUGUGAUGCGAAAAGAAGCUGCUCUGAGUUACAAUGAACAUUCGGCCUUAACCUCACUCGCAGAACUGCAGGAUGGAAGUGGAGAGGAUAAAACCUCCCAUCAUAUGGAGGAAAAACCACAAAUGGAGGAAGUUCAGAUGCCUGAAAUUUUUUCUAGUGAUGGCAAACUGGUUGCAAACUUGCACAUGAGGCUACAAAGAGGAAUGAUAAAGACUGUAGAGAUGAAAGCGGAGUCGACCCCCUCUAAUGUUGAAGAACCUGGUUUAAAUUCAAAGCAAAAUGUUUCAAACUCAUCCCCUUUUCUGAAAGGCGAGAGGGCUAACAACCAUACUUUAAGCUACUCGCUGACUGGGAAAAUCAUUAAGAAAACAGUUCAGCAUAGUCAACGCAAAGCUGAGGAGCCAAGCAUGAUGCCAGUUGCUAGCCAGAAUAUGAUGUCACUGCCACAAAAGAGAUGUAAAAAGCUUUCUAAUGUGCCAUUUUUUGUCGAGAUCAGAGGUUCAUGUGUUCAAAUGAACAUCCCAAAGUUGCAUGGGGACCUACAUAGGAACGAUGCUGCAAAGACUGAUUUUGCUGAAUCAGAGGCUUCGAUCGAUAAUCCCAGUGGUAUAAAAGGUAUGGCACCCCUGCCCUCUGAUGCAAAUAGCUUGAUGAAAAUGAAGUUGUGCGAUUUGAGGGCCAUUGCAAGAUCACAGAAGCUAAAGAAAUACUCGACAAUGAAGAAAGAGGACCUGGUCAAACAAUUGGAAAACCGAUUGAGUUGCUAAUGAAUAUACCAAUGGCCACUGUACAGGUAUGGAAGUAUGAGCUUCUAAGGUGACCCGCGGCAAUAUCUGAUACUUACGUCCGAGUAACAUUGGUCUUCAGUCUUCAUUUAGGAAUGACAGGUUUGCUCAAGCGUAUUCAAUCACACUAGAUAGGGGAAUCCUAUAUUAUUAGACCUGAUUCUAUGACUCAUCUAAUGACAUUUGCUUUUUGUUCAAAUUAAUCGGGAGA